CUUAGUCUUGUGUGUGUCUGCAGCUACCAGAAAUGAGGUUUCCGAGAUUCACAGUAUGUAGGACACAGCUGGGACUAAAUUGUGCUUUGAUCAGGCGCGUUUUCUCUGAUGGAAACUAUCCCCUGGAGUGUGAAGAGUCCUGCUGAGGGAUCUGCCGGCUGUGCAAAAACAAUCAUGAGACUUUUAUUUAACUCCCUGCUCAUCCAUCACUGCUUUAUUGUGGCCGACAGAUGUGGAAACCCCCGUGAUUUAAUACAACGGUGGUGGUGGUGGUGGCAUUGAUGAUUCAAGGACGAAGCGCAUCAUCCUGAAUAAUUCCGGCACAGGGCGCUGAGUGAGCACAUCAUCAUCUGAGUACAGGUUCAUCCUCCUACUGUAGGCUGCUCGCCCCCUCAGUAAACAUUCAUACUCACAUUACGUAAGGUGAUUGCGUAUUUCUCGCCAGGACUCGCCACUUGUUGCGCAGACCGAAGAGAGGGAGCCCAGCUGUGAGGGCUCCUAGCAUCCCUCUCUAGAGACAGCGGUGGGAAGGUCGGAGGCUCCUUUGCACAUCAAUGUCUCUCACUCCGAGCCGAAAGUCCUCCUCAGGUCAGCGCAGGCGCUCAGUGGGGACAGGUGGGGGGAGCGGGCGGUACUCCCAAACCGACACAUCCAGCACCCACACCUACCCUGGUCGCGUUAGGGCACCGGAGGGCAGCCCCACAGCCCGGACACAUCCAAGUACUCCCAGGCGUCAGGCGAAGCACACAGCCUGCAGUGACAACCAUGGGAUCAGGCCUCCCACCCCGGAGCAGUACCUCACACCCCUGCAACAGAAGGAGGUGUGUAUACGUCACCUCCGAGCCAGGCUGAGGGAGAACGUGGAAAGACUGCAACACAGGGACUGUGAAAUAGAUGAGCUGAGGACCCAGCUGUACAGGAUGCAGGAGGACUGGAUAGAAGAGGAAUGCCAUCGGGUGGAGGCCCAGUUAGCCCUCAAGGAGGCCCGCAAGGAGAUCCAGCACCUCCAGGAGGUGGUGGAGACGGUGAGGUCCAACCUGGGCAUCCGUGAGCAAGACCCCCACGACCCCCACAAGCCAUACUCAGGGUUGCAGGGAGCUCGGCCAGGGGGGAAGUCUCGCUCCUGCGGAUGCUCCCCAGCCAGCACUUUGAGCCGCAGCGCCACCUACACCCGACUGAGCAGCGAGGCCCUGCAGCUGGAGCGCAGCCCGAACGCUCCAGAGCCGAGCGGAGCCCCCCGCCCGGCGGGACAGACCCACCUGCUCCUGGAGGCGGCCCUGCUGUCCGAGCAGCUGCCGCCGCAAGGCCACAUCCGAGCCCCCCCGGCCGUGCCGCGCUCCUCCACCUACGAGAGGCUGUGCAGCGGGGGGGCCGUGCUGCCAAUGUCGCACUCCUGCCACACUCUCAGUAGCAGCUGCAGGUGCAGCGGACACACCUACCUCCCCCACCAUCACCUGUUCCUGCACUUGCCACAGGAGGAGGCUCCGAGCGCCGCUGUCCCCGCCGCUGACCCCAGCCCCAUCCCCGUCCCCGCAGUGGAGAAGAAGCCCGAGGUCCGCUCCCAGGCCUGCAGCCCCACCAUGACCUGGCUGUGCGAGGAAAGCUGCGCGGAAGAGCUGAGCGUCAUCUCUUCGGCCACAGCGGACGUCACCCUCUCAGAACCGCAGCAGUUUCCACCGUCCCUGCCUCCGCUGUCCCCUCCUGAGCAUUCUUACAGAGCAGAGCCGACGCCACCUGACGAGGAGAGAAAGGCCCCGGCAGAACCACGCACCUGCCAGCCCCAGCCUACAGCCCCCCUUCCAGUGAGGCAGGAAGCCACAGUGAUAGAGAUAGAAGAAGACAACGCGGAGGACAAUGACAGAGCAAACGAAGAGGGCUACUCCCCCCAGCGGUGUCACUGGAGCCGCUACUUCCUUGUAGAUCUUUUAGCGCUGGCGAUGCCGGUGGUCCCAACCAUGGCGUGGCUGUGUCGAGGGACGCCACAGGAGGUCAUGCCCGUCUACCAUAUCGGGUCCCUGCUGAGAGGUUGCUGCGCCGUUGCCCUCCACUCGCUUCGGCGCCAGCGUGCGGGGACUGGACGCACGCCUACCAGCAUGAACGGAGCGACACCAAUCUGAUACUUAAUAAGAAUACAACUCCCAACCUCUGCAGGCACAGCGCUGAUGCUGCUUUACCAUAUUUUGGUCUCACCCACGUGACGGAUUUCUCCUCUUACAAGAUUUUUUAGGUUUUCCAAAAAAGCCCUUGUGAUUCUGUGGUCAUGCUUUGCCUUAGAGAACAAAGGAUUAGUUGUGCAUUAAUUACUUUCACUACUCGAAUACUCGUACUGCUACCGCCUGCAGUUUAAAUGCAUUUCUCUUUAUUGCAAUUUGCAUGUAACCCAGUUUGUUUGGGUUCUCCUGCUUGCAUUGAGCCCCUAUGUGUAAGUUUUAAUGAGCAUCUUCAGUGCAAAAUAAUAUAGUUUAUGUCUUGAAAACUUAAUUUCUGAGGGCCUGAGAAUUGGGAGAGCCAUGAAAUUUCUUCGGCAUCGACAGCAUCCCACGAGAUCAGAAGAGUAAACCGGACUUGUUCAGGAACAGUAAAUAAUACAGAGCACAGUGGAAGGCAUUCGGAUUUUUAGACAUAUCGACUUCUGACAAGCAGAGCAUGUGCAAUGAAUGUGGUACUCAGGUGCAGAACAGACAUCUCAUCGGUUUCUUUGCCAUUAAACAAACUACGGACAGCUCUAUGGGUUCAUUUUUUAUUGAUUUUAUACAUUUACCUGUACACAUCAAAACACACAUGGAGUCGUUCUAAAGGCUGAACCAUGCCGACAGAAAAACGAGGCGGUUUUUAGCAGGACAGCUUUUAUUUUGGUUUGGAUCUAAACAUGAACGUGUGCUGGGUGAGGUUCAUCCGUACAGUAUGUACCGGACGUAACACACAGAGGAGGAACUUUUCUUUACAUACAGUAGUUCUUGAGCCACGCAGUGGAAGGACUUGUUGACCAUUGGUGUUUACUGAAUUUGUGAUUUGUUAAUUGUGAUAUACUUUCUGACUGAAGCAGGUUGUAGGAACACCUGUCUCAGUCUUGGCUGCUUUCAUUGCACUGGGUUAUUUUGAAUAAUGCAAAAUAUGUAUCAGUGUUUGAGCAUUAUUACUAAAAAUGUGCACUCUCAUCCUUCAA